CACCUUAAUUUAAGCCUUUGAUUUAGUGACGGGUAGAAAAAUUUUAAUUUUUUGUUCAGUUUCAUCAUCAGCUCCACAUCACUGAGAAAAGCAUACUGGAAUCUAAAAAAGUGGGGCGAAAAGAAAUUGGAAACAAUAAAAUUCUUAUCAGCAAUACAAAAAUGCUUUAAUUGUUAAGUGCGUCAGUGUCUAUCAAAAUAAUACAAAGGAAGCAUAUUAGAUAAUUAUUGAAGCUAAUUUUAAAACGCAAUUAUAAAUUAAAAUAUAAUAAAUAUCAUAAAUAAUUAUGGCUGAGCAACAGAAACAAUCAUUAUGUCCACGACUAAUCGAUUAUUUGGCUAUUGUUGGUGCAAGAAAUAUGCCAACGCAUCGAGCAAGUGGAACGAAUAAUAAUCAACCACCCGUUCAGAUACCCGAGCUUUUACGUCGAUAUCCAUCAACAGAUCAUCAUGACUUUCCAUUUCCGAUUGAUAUGGUUUACUUUUGUCAGCCGGAGGGUUGUGUGACUGGCUCUAGACGUGGAACUAGUACAACUGCAAUACGUGAUGCUACAUCAUUUGUUUUCACAUUGACUGAUAAAGAUUCGGGAAAGACACGAUAUGGAAUAUGUUUAUCAUUUUAUCGACCUGUUGAUAAAGGUUCAUCAUCAACAGCAGCUCCGACUGGAUUACAAGGGAAUCGAAAGACAAAGUCAUCAAAUUUUCGUCGCGAAUCAUGGCGUAAGAGUAUGGAAAAAAGUUCUGAUUCUGCAUUUUCAAGUGAUCAUAGAACAGUAGCAGAUUCCGACCGUGAACCAGAACAUCACUUAGUGACAUCAUCAUAUACAGCACCAAGAUUAGGCGUUAUUGCACCAGAUUCAGAAUCAGAAAUUGGAAGUUGCUCACCAUCACCAAGAGCUUCACGUAAACCAAAAGCUCGAAAUCAAUCGUUAACUUCACUCUGUAUACUAUCACAUCAUCCAUUCUUAUCGACAUUUCGCGAAUGCUUAUUCAUAUUAAAAAAGCUCAUUGAUGCUUGUAACGAUUCGUCAUCACCAAAACGUUCAAAACCAUCAACAAGAGACUCAGUAUGGUCGGUUUUAGCGGGUUUGGCAACAGAAUCAGCAUCAUCGAUUGUAAUACAUGAUGUAAAGGAGAUAGAAACGUGGAUAUUACGUUUACUUUCAGCACCCGUUCCUAUACCAAACUCAACACGUAUCGAGGUGGAAGUGCUUAGUCCCACAGUACAUGCACCCUUACUCUUUGCUUUACCCGACCACACUCGAUUCUCACUUGUUGAUUUUCCACUUCAUUUGCCUUUGGAAUUGUUAGGUGUCGAAACAUGUCUGAAAGUAUUGACAUUGAUUUUAUUAGAAAAUAAAGUUUUAUUUGUAUCACGUGAUUACAAUGCAUUAUCAAUGAGCGUCAUAGCAUUUGUAACGAUGAUUUAUCCGCUCGAAUAUAUGUUUCCUGUUAUACCAUUGUUACCAACUUGUAUGAGUUGUGCAGAACAAUUGCUGCUGGCACCAACGCCAUUUGUCAUCGGCGUUCCAGCUACGUUUUUAAUGUACAAAAAGAAUUUUAGACUGCCAGAUGAUAUAUGGAUGGUUGAUUUAGACUCAAAUAAAUUGACAGCAGCGAGAGUGGACGCAGAUUUGCCACCAUUACCCGAACCUGAAGCAACAAUGUUAAAGAAUCAUUUAAAGCAGGCAUUAAGUUCUAUGACGGCAAGUACGGUUGCUGCAGCAAAUCAACAACUUCUUCCAUCUGUACGUGACAAUCUUGGGAACAUUACCGUUCAAAAUCUUACCUUUCCUGGUUCCGCAAACUCUAGCCAACGAAAUUCCUUUUCAAGCGCCUCAGGUAUACAAAUCAAACCUUUGAGCAGCCCAUCUACGCAACAACCACCGAUGCAACAGAAUAAUAUGAUAAUCUUUGGACAUGAUGUUGAUUCGGUUGAUGUCGCUACGAGAGUUGCAAUGGUUCGGUUCUUUAAUUCUCAAAACGUGUUGGCGAAUUUUACUGAGCAUACGAGAACACUUCGUCUUUAUCCACGGCCAGUUGUUGCAUUCCAAAUUAAUAGUUUUUUGAGGUCACGUCCGAGAGCAUCAGCAUUCCUAAAUAGAUUUGCAAGAACGCAAGCUGUUGAAUUUUUAGCUGAAUGGUCGCUCACACCAACAAACUUGGCAUUCUUACGUGUACAGACGGGAAUGUUUGAUCCAUCCCAAGUAGGUGAUAAGAGUAAAUGGUUUGCACAUACGUUGUCACCAAUAAGAUUCUCGGUAUGGGAUGAUGGCUCGUCACUUAACGGCGCAUUAAGAAGCUUAAAACAACAUGAAAAUCAACCGACUGACGAGAGUGGAUCGGAUUCUGAAGGUGCGGAGAGUACCUCAUCCUCAUAUUCAUCACUCUCUGAUUUUGUAUCGGAAAUGGUUUCUUCUGACUUGUCACCGAGCUUACAGGAGAUUUAUGGCGGAACUGCUUACCAUCACCACGUAAUAAAUCAAUCAGUGUCACUUGUCGAUCCAAAACUUGUUUAUCGUCCACCAAGUAAAUUGCAAUAUCCAGAAGGACAUGAGGAGGUUGAGAAAGUUGAAGAAGAUUUUGAACGUCCAGACUCGGCUGCUUCAUCGUCAUCAAGUAGAUCCGAUUUAAGCUCACCGAGUUUUAAUCGUGAUUCCGAAUUUGAAUUCAAUCCAAAGACAAAAAGUGAGGUACAAACGACGAGACAGACAGAAAAAGAAGAAGUGGGAAGCUUUGAAUCGGAAAAUUCUAGCUCAAUAACCACAACUAAAACGACAAUACAUAAAGAAGGCGAAGCGCCAAAAAAGAGAGUAAUUAUUCAACUAGACAUCCUUGUCUUUGCUUGUUUACUUGAAACAAUAUUUUUGUCAUUACAGAUUCCACCGCCAAUCAGUCCCAAUUUCGCAAAACAACCAAGCGUGGGAAACGUUUUGGCACGUACAUCAUCGUCUGGCUCAACAAGUUCACAUCCAUCGUUGGGUUCGGCAAAUUCACAAAGACAAAGUUCACAGUCAUCCUUAUUUGAGCAAUUUGCGUCACAAGCAAAAGAGCUUGUAAAAGAAACAACACGUCAGAGCAGCCAGGAUGGACUAUUGGCUCAUGUUGAUAAGAUAAAAGAACAAGCGAAACAUGUUGUGGAAGAGGAAGCAAAGCUUUUGGCUCCUCUUGAGCAGCUUACACUGCAAGCAAAAAAGCAAGCAGAAGAAGCGUCAAAGAAAGCGUUGGAGGCAUCAAAACAGGCAGCUGGUGUGAGCAAAAAUACUUUUGAAGAUUUAACGUACGUCGGUAAAUCAACUCUGGGCGAUUUGACAAAAACAGCAAAGGAAGCUGCAAAGAAAGGACUUGUUAAAAGUGAACCAGGCACAACUCAAUCAUCGCCUCCGUCUUCAGCCAUUACACCAGCCGGAAAAGAUUUCUUUUCCUCUAUUAGUAGCGAUAUGAAUUCACUUGCACAAUCGACCACUUCAAUGUUUUCGGGAAUUUCUGGAUUGUUUGGUGAUAAAGGUAAGCAAAAGCAACAACAGCCAAUGCAUCAGGCUCAACAAAAGCCUAGGGAGCAAGGAAAGACAAUUUCCUUUGAUCCAUUCCCGGGAAGAAAGGGACUUGCGCCUAGUUUAAUAAAGCAUUCAAGUCCCAAGCAAACUCAGGAAGAAAUUCAAAGACUCCAAAAUGCUGAACGAUCGUCAAGCAAUUCAGAAAAUCAAGCAUUUCUGAGGGAUGUCAUUAUGCAAGUGUUGGCUGGUGAGGGUGUCGGUUGGCUUAAAUUCAAUCGACUCAAGAAACUAAUGGAAGAUGAAUCAUAUCGUAUUUUUGUUUUGGGAAAGUUGAAUAAAACUUUGGAUCGCAAAAUUGCACCUGAUGAUCAUAUCGAUGACAUUUGCAUACCAAAGCAUGUUUGGAAGGGUAUUUUAAAAUGUUUACAAGCUGUUACAAUAGGGUUGGAACAGACUUAUGCCAAUUUUGGUUUGGGUGGUAUGGCAAGUGUAUUUUCGAUGAUGGAAAUUGCUCAUACACAUUAUUGGACUAAAGAUCUGAACGAUGGCAGUGACUUAUCAGCAAGUCUUCUCUCUAGUCAAUCAGUAAGUCCGUCAGAGAGUAGAGAAAACUUGAGGUCUUCGCCACAAAGUCCAACAGCUCCAAGUUCUAGAAAGAAUUCAUUUAAUGAACAAAAUUCUCGAAGAACAUCCGAAUAUGACCCAUCAUCGGACGCUCAUACGCAAUCGACUAGUGAAAUGUUCAAAGACAUGUUGGCACAAAAAAGGAAUGUUUUGAUGAGUAAGCUUACUUCAUUUGAAUCCGAUGCACUGUCAACAGCAAGUGAUGUUUUGCCGCUACAAUCUGGCUCGUCUAUUCAAAUACCAUCAAUAUCAUGUCGUUCAACUGUUUCGGAUACGGAAUAUGAGAAUGUGCCAAAGCAAUCAAUAUCAUCGUUAUCAAAAAAUCGUUCGGGAAGCAUAUUUUCGGGUAAAUCAUCUUUAAGUGCCGGAUUUAGAUAUACCGGUGGUCAUUUAAUACAAUCUACUUCACCAUCACCAGAGCAACCAAGACAAUACAUUUUUGAGGGACUAUUAGGAAAGGAUCGAUCUCAACUGUGGGAUCAAAUGCAAUUUUGGGAAGAUGCAUUUCUCGAUGCAGUGAGUCAGGAACGUGAUCUAAUUGGCAUGGAUCAAGGUCCAAGUGAGAUGAUGGAACGUUACAAGACGUUGAGUGAUAGCGAAAAGAAAAGGUUAGAGCAUGACGAAGAUCGACUAUUAAGCACCAUGCUUUAUAAUCUCAUAGCAGAACUAGUAAUGUUAAAUGUUAAGAAAGAAGAAAUAAGAAGAAAAUGUCGAAGGCUUCUUGGAAAGAGUCAUAUCGGAUUAGUUUAUGCUCAAGAAGUUAACCAAUUAUUGGACCAAAUUAAUAAUCUCAAUGGCAAUGACAUCGACUUAAAACCACUGCAGAGUCGAUUACUUCAUCGGCAUAGCUUCUCAGUGCAUCAAGGGGUUGAUAUUUCAGGGCCUCUUAGAUUCAUGGAAGUACGUGAUGAUGGCUUAGUUUUGAGAUCUGUAAACGGUGCCAUCGUUGAAAGAUGGUGGUAUGAACGAUUAGUUAACAUGACAUAUUCACCAAAAACUAAAGUGUUGUGCUUAUGGCGUAGAAAUAAUGAGCAAACACAACUUCACAAAUAUUAUACAAGAAAAUGUAAAGAGCUUUAUAAUUGUAUUAAAGAAGCUAUGGAAAGAAGUGGAAGUAAUGCUGGCUCAGCACCUGAAUUGGGAGGAGAAUUUCCAGUUCAAGAUUGCACAACCGGCGAAGGUGGAUUGCUUCAAGUAUGCUUAGAAGGUGUCGGAUUAUUGUUCGCAACCAGUAAGUUCUUUGUAAGAUUAGAUCACAUAAGGAAAUGCUUCACGAAAAAUGGAGUCUUUAUAUUGGAAGAAUUCAAUCCAAAAACUCGCCAAAUAACUCAAAGGAAAUUCAAGUCUCCUUUGGCGGACCAAAUUUGUUAUUCGGUUUUGUGUGUGUUCUCGUAUGUGGCUGCUGGAUCUGAUGGUAAAAAAGUUUCGCCACAUAUGCAUCAUAAACAUCAGCCUCAAGUACAACAAUACCAACCAUCAAAAGUUCAACAGACUCAACACUUGCCACAACAGUCAACACCUAAAUUACAAACGAUUAUUAGUAAACCAAAUCAAUCACAGCCACAACAGCAACAACAAAUAAUUCAAAAACCUGUCCAAGUUCCUUUAAAACAAGCGGGACAGCCAGUUCCUGUAAAAACAGAAACAGUCCAGCCACCAACUCAACAACCUGCCAAUCUUCCAGCAAUUCCUGCAAGAAGAAGCUCGUCGACAACAACUCCGACAUCAACUGAACCUCCAAAAAUUAAACCUCCUCAAUUAGCUGAAGCAUCGAAGAGGGCACAAUCUGUAUCAAUAACUCGAGCACCACCACCAAUUCCUGCUCGGACUGGAUCAAUUUCAUAUCCAAAUGUUCAGCCAUCAGUAACACCAUCGUCAUCACAGCAACAAGUUCGUGCUGUGAGACGACAAAAUACAUUAAGUUCUGCUAUGCCACCUGUCAUACCACAAGCUGCACCUGAAUUUUACAUUCCCCAGAGACGUGGCUCAAUAACACGACAACAAAGUUCCGCUGCAUCAUUGCAAACACCCUCAUCAAAAUCAGCAAAAUAGAAACUUAAACUUCUUUCUACCACAAAUGAUUUCAUUUUAGUUCAAAAUAUGCCUUUAAGCCACAAGAAGAAUAUUUAACAAGCUUUACAACAUUAUUUUUUUUAAAUCUUACUAAUCAUACCAAAAAUAGUGAGAGUAAUGACUUAUUUUGAGUUUUAAAGUUGCAUCCAUUAAUUACUUUGCCCUACCAAACCACAAAGGUUAUAGCUACACAAAUAUAUAGUGUACUAAAGAAUGAAAAUACAUUUAUUUUAAUUAAAAACUGAAAUUAAAUUCUCGGCUGUGUUCUUAGUCAUUUUGAAUGUUUUAUUACGUUGUCUUUGACUUUUAGUAGCCUUUUGGAACUAUUUGUCCUUUUAUAGGUUCACUACAUGAAUUUUAGAGGAU